UAAAUACAAAUUGAUCCUAAGUGAGGAGCCUGUGGAGAAACGAAGGAGGUUCCAAAAUGAUAUGACACCAUCUCCUAUAGAUUACUCCAUGUCCAGUCCUUACAGGAGGGGAGAGGCCACUAUUGCCGACCUAGGAGGAGAGGACAGCCUUGAGAAAUCCAGUUCUGAGAGAAGCACACCACCAUACCUCUUACCAGAAUACCCAGAAGCAAACAAGAGCACAGGCCACAACAGGGAAGCUCCAGCACUUUGUCUAGGGUCCCAAGACCAAGACCAGGAGUCCCUGCUUUCUGAAGAAUUAGAAGAUCAGAUGCCAAUAUUGGUAGCAGAAGAAUCUAACCGGAGUAGCGAGAAUAGAGAAGUGAAUGAAGGGCCUUUUGUAGCGGUGGUCAGAGUUGCGAAGGGACUUGGAGAUUCAGGAGCUCCCAUCCAGCUAUUCCCUUUCAACUGGGAGGAGUUUGUAGGCAGAAGAAAGGCAGCAGCGGAACCUUGGAACCUGAACCCUUAUUCUCCUGUGGCCCCUGCCACAGCUACUGCAGGCAAAGGAAAAGGCUACCAGGAGAGUGGAAGUCGGAACAUGCCAAAGAUAAAGAACCAGAGAGAACUGGAAGAAUUGAAGAGAACCACAGAAAAACUGGAGCGUGUUUUGGCUGAAAGGAAUCUGUUCCAGCAAAAGGUAGAGGAGCUGGAACAGGAGAAGAAUCACUGGCAUUCUGAAUUUAAGAGAGCUCAACAUGAAUUGGUGACCUAUAGUACCCAGGAGACUGAAGGCUUAUACUGGAGCAAGAAGCACAUGGGUUAUCGCCAAGCUGAAUUCCAGAUUCUGAAAGCGGAGCUAGAAAGAACCAAAGAGGAGAAGCAAGAACUAAAAGAGAAACUGAAAGAGACAGAGACACAACUGGAAGUAUUGCAGAAGGCCCAGGUCUCCUGCCAGAACACAGAGAGAGAUGACUUAGAAAGGGCUUUGGCAAAGCUUACGCGGCUACGUAUCCACGUCAGCUAUCUCCUUACUUCUGUCCUCCCUCACUUGGAGCUUUGUGAGAUCGGGUAUGACUCAGAACAAGUGGAUGGGAUCCUGUACACAGUGCUGGAGGCAAAUCGCAUACUGGAUUGAGCACCAGACUAUAUAUCCUCUCCUAGCUUUCUCUUUUCUUUACUGCCUGUGUACUAUAUGUCUCCCCCAGCUGCUGCUGCUUCUUCUUCCCUUCUCCCUUCAUAUCCCUCCCCCAGCCUCCUUCUUUCCCUUUCACCUUUAUGCCUUAUAUUGAAAGUCUUUGAAUAAGUCCUGGUUCUUAAUCAGUGUACUUUGCAUUCAGUGUGGGUGUGAAGAAAGAGGCCCAUUAAAUAGCCUUUUAAGAGUCCAGGAACAGAAAAGCAAUAGUCACCAAGUUAGGUGACUGGAAAGCACUAAUUUUCAUGAUCUAGAUAUGUGGCCUAUUUCGUGUUCUGCUAAUGGUUCGUCUUCAUUUGGGUUAAAUCAGUCAGCAAAUGUUGGGUCCAAUUCACCUGGUGGGAAAAGUCAUGCUGCCAGCCCUGCCAGGGUUCUAACAGUCUAGCCGGAAGCACAAGUCACAGCAAGUUAGCUAACUAUAAAAGAAGGGUAUGGUGUGCCUGAGUGGUAUAGGCGUGGCAUGGAAGACAGAGGCGAGCAACUUAAAGGAAGGCAGUACACCAUAAGUGGGACCUAAUGAAGGUUAAGGAGUGAGCAUAGCAACGCUCUUAAUGACGGUUGUUGCUUAAGUGGUAGGAUUAUGGUUGAUAUUUUCCUUCUUCCUAUCUUCUUGCCCUUUUCAAAUUUUCUAUUACAUUCUCGUUGUUCUUCUUAUGUUGCAAAAUAAAUUGUUUUGAAA